GGCCGUAAAAUUCAGUUUCAUAGCGGUGAUCCGCAGCAGUUCCUCUGUUCUAUUGCUCGCCGAAUCCAUCAGCAAACCCUAAACACAAGCCAAGCACGCUGCCGCCAUGCCUUCCACGACGUUCUAAAUUUCGCCCAAAACCCAUUGCCCUUCUCCCCCAAUAAAAGAUGAAAUUGGCCGGUUUGAAGACAGCAGAAAACGCUCACGACGAGUCCAUAUGGGCGUCGGCAUGGGUUCCUGCGACGGAUAACCGACCGGCGCUACUUCUCACUGGUUCCCUCGACGAGACAGUGCGUCUAUGGCGCACUGACGAGCUAUCUCCGGCGGCGCCUCCGUUAGGCGGCCAUGCCCUCGGUGUCGUCUCAGUCGCCGCCCAUCCCAGCGGCGUGGUCGCCGCCUCCGCAUCUCUUGAUAGUUUCAUCCGAGUGUUCGAUGUUGAGAGCAACAGUUCUAUCGCAACCCUAGAGGCGCCGCCCUCUGAGGUCUGGAACAUGCAGUUCGAACCAAAGGGCACCAUUUUAGCAGUGGCAGGAGGUAGCAGUGCUUCAGUCAAGCUAUGGGACACAUCCUCAUGGCAGCUCGUUGAUUCUCUAGCUAUUCCCCGGCAAGAGAGUUCUCGUCCUACAGACCGUACCGGCGGAGGCAAGUUUGUUCUCUCAGUUGCUUGGAGCCCAGAUGGGAAACGGCUAGCUUGCGGAUCCAUGGAUGGCACAAUUUCUGUCUUCGAUGUUCACCGCGGAAAAUUCCUCCACCAUCUCGAUGGCCAUUUCAUGCCUGUUCGAUCGCUCGUGUACUCCCCUUUGGAUUCUCGUGUACUUUUCUCGGCCUGCGACGACACCCAUGUUCAUAUGUAUGACGCCGAGGGCAAGAAUUUGGUUGCCAGCAUGUCUGGGCAUGCAAGCUGGGUGCUGAGCGUGGAUGCCAGCCCAGAUGGUGCAGCCAUUGCUACUGGUUCCAGCGAUCGAACUGUCCGGCUCUGGGAUCUAACCAUGAGGGCUUCUGUCCAAACAAUGACUAGCCACUCAGAUCAAGUAUGGAGCGUGGCUUUUCGUCCACCUGGCGGAACCGGCGUUCGAGCAGGUCGGCUCGCCAGCGUUUCAGAUGAUAAGAGCAUUUCACUGUAUGAUUACUCUUGAUAACAAUCAUUUGUUUUUUUGCAGCCAUUAGGCAUUCUAACAUUUUACUUUUUGUUGUAUGUGUUGAUUAUUUUUCUUUCUUUUUUCUUGGGGGAAACUGGCACUGAGGCAGGACUAAUUCCCUGCUAUUUUAUGUAAUGUUUUCAUGGAUGGAUUACUGGUUUGCCUGUUAGCCAAUGUAGUUCAUUGUUGUGCAUUAUAUACUAUUAAGCUAUUUACAGAGUGUAUUUUCAUUGUUUAUUA